CAUCGGACUGUUAUCAUUCGGAAAAUGGCAGCAGUGUAUGUUGUAUAUGUACUUUAGUGUAAUGUAAGGUGUUUUUAAUGUUGUUUAUAUGUUAAAUUUUGGUGGUUAUGAACAAUGGCGGACUUAAAUAUCGACGUAUCUGAGCUGCCCGAGGACGUGAGGGAGAAACUAGCUGAAUUGGAGUUGGAACUAUCCGAAGAAUCUGUCCAGGGGAUCUCGCACUAUCAUGAAAUGAGAAUUGACUUGGAGAAAAUCGCAUUUAUCGAUAUGAUGCUCGAAGCUGUCGGAAAACGUUAAAUUGGAUAUGGCAAAAUACCUGGCCUUCAACUCAAUAUAAAAUUUUUGUUUGUAUCGACGAUGAUGUAGUUAUGACCAUAGUAGUAGUUUAUACGAAACCGGUUUCUUUAAAUUUUUGAUUCAAUUCAUACACGGUUCUAAUACUAUACAAUAUGCUAAUUUAUUUAUUUACACACGCUUUAAACAAACACUCGAAAUCUUUUGUUUUAGCAUACAUUAACGAGGCUUUCAAUGGUAAUUGUUUUAUUUAUUUAUUUUUUUUAAAGAGAAACCCGUUGAUUCGUUCCUGGUUUGAGUCAUCGCUGCAAGUCUCUGAAAUUGAUUCGGUUCACUUUGCGAAUAGAACCCAAGGUUCGUGCUGAGUAUUAACGUCACAGAUGCAACGUUUAUUUAUAAUUUAGUCGUUAAGAAUCUAAUUGCUGUUAUUUCUUACACGAAUUUGGGACGGACCCUAAAAAAAAUGCAAUUGGAAUUUUGUAAUCCCAAGGAUUCUCAAACACUUCAAGGCCAGAGGCGGCACACUUUUUCUAUUGAAAUUCUAUGAACGUUCGAUACUAGGAAGAUUCACAUUGUUUAUCCAGGAAU